AUGGUAGUGGACCCACCAGAGUCAACUACAGUGAAAGUUCCUGAAUCAUCUGAAACUGAAGAGACCAUCAACACAACUGAAACCAGACACGUGAUUGAUGACAGCUGUGAUUUAGAGUUAACUCCAAUUGACGUUAGCGACGCAUUUUCCAAAGGAGACUUGGGUGGAACGCAAUUCCAGUCGUGUUAUACAUGUCAUUGUAAAGCUACAUUCAAACAUGAGUCAUGGUACCUGAAGCAUCAAUUGACACACGGGCCAGGAACUUUUGAAUGUAACAAAUGUUCAAAAGUGUUCAAACCAGUAACAAUUGAUCGCCAUAGACUAUAUGACAGUGAUGAUGAUGUAAGCAAUAAUAGUUCUGAUGAUGAGAGUGAUGAGAGUAAAUACAAUUAUGCUAGUUCUACCAGUGACGAUUGUACCAAUUCAAAUAGUGAUGAAAUUCCAGAUGACAAGUAUGAAUGUGCUGAUUGCCACAAAUUGUUUAAAUUUAAAUCGUGGUACAAUAACCAUAUGACAACACACGCUAUUGUUGGGGUACAUCAGUGUCAAUAUUGCCCUAAGAAAUUCAAAAGAAGGGAAAAUCUUAAAAGGCAUUUCUUAGUAAUAUAUGACAUGAGUUGUAAAUUUAUUUAA